AGAAGAGCAUAAUAUUUAGAGAUGGAGAUAGAUCAUGAACUUUUAAUCCCACAUUUAAUGAUGGAGGAACCAACUGUGAAAGAAGAAGACAUAAUUCACAACCAAACCAGUACUAAAGAAAUGUAUGAUGCAGAAAAACCAAGAUGCCUUCUGUCUCAUCCAGCUGACUCUCCUCACAACCUGUCCGUUGGAUGCGAUCCCAAACUUCCGCUUGGCUGCUUUACGUGCGGCGGAAAAACAACUGUGCGGCGGCAAGAUUAUCUCCACUUCCACUGCACCACCUGCGACGUAAAGUUCCACGAAGGUUGUCAAACGCGUCCGAGAAGGAUAACACAUCCUUAUCACCUCCAACACCCUCUCACUCUCUUCUAUCGAAACCCUGAAACCGGAAUUAUAUCCAACAUCAUCCCCUACUCCAGCCCUUACGAAUCCGACACAUCUGAUCCAGAAUCCAACUCAUCUGGUGAAGGGAAGUCUGAACUUGUCGAUAUUAUUCCGUCCAAAUCCGAUAUCAUUUUUGACAAGUGCACUUGGUGUGGAAAAGAUUUCAAAGGUGAUGUUUGGUUCUACCGUUGUUUGAUAUGUGGCUUUUGUUUGGAUCUCUCUUGUGCCUUAACUCUUCCACCUCUUACUAUUGCAAAUCCGAAAAGCCAUCAUCACUCACUCCUCUUCUUACCUCGGCCUUUAUUAGUUCCAUGUGAUGCUUGUGGGUUGGUCAACGCGUUGGAACCAAGUUAUGCUUGUUUUCAAUGUAAUUACAUGAUCCAUCAGAAUUGCAUAGAUCUACCUCGAGUCAUAAAGAUCACGCGUCACCAUCACCGUCUUUCUUUUACUCCUUUCGGGCCACCUCUGAUUUCUUUAUGCCGGGUUUGCUACAAAGAGGUUGAUAUCAAGUAUGGGCAAUAUUCUUGCCAGCACGAAGAUUGUUCUUAUGUAGCUCAUUCUAAAUGUGCAACACAUAAAAAUGUUUGGGAUGGGACGGAACUCGAGUGGGAAACAGAAGAGUCCGAUGAAAAUGAAGAUAUUGCGCCAUUCAAGGUGGUCGGUGAAGAUUUGAUAAAGCAUUUUUGUCAUAAACAUCACCUACGGCUCAAGAAGCACGAUGGUUUUCGAGAAGCAGAGAAGCAAUGUAGAGCGUGUGUAUUUCCAAUCGUCUCUCAUCAAUUCUAUCAUUGCAAGAUAUGCAAUUACUCUCUCCACGAGGUAUGUGCUGGUCUUCCUCGAAAACUUGAUCAUGCAUUGCACAAACACCGUCUUGUCCUAGACCCAUCUCCGCUACAUGACUACAGAAACAUGCAUUGUUCAACUUGUUCGCGAGCGUUCACGGGUUUCAGAUACAAAUGCUCAGAAAAGAUUUGCCAAGACCGCACAAAUCUCAAUAUAGAUGUUAGCUGCAUUUUGGUUCCCGAGUAUUUCACACAUAAAAGUCAUGAACAUCCCGUUGUCAUCUCCACAUCCUAUAGCGACACAGAUGAGAUCCUCUGUAAUGCUUGUCAGGGGACAUGUUGGCAACCUCAUAUAAAGUGUACUAAAUGCGAUUUUGCUAUGUGUUAUACAUGUGCUACCAUUCCAAACGAAGUACACUACAAAUUCGAUGAGCAUCCUCUUACAUUAUGCCACGGAGAAAGCAGAAAGAGCAAGUACUGGUGCGAAGUGUGUGAGAAAAAACUAGAUACAACAAAAUGGUUCUACACAUGCAACAAAUGCUGCACUACUGUCCACCGUGAAUGCUUAUUCGGGUCAACUGUUUAUAUGCAGCCUGGUUCCAGAUUCAACUACGUAUACGGAACGGUGGAAGUUUUCCGCAACAGUCAUAACAGUCGACUGGUUUGUCGUAAAUGUUUUCAUUCGUGCACAGAUUCCGUCUACUUCAGAGGCUACAAGUCCCAACAGACGUUUAUUUCAUACAAAGGCUACGAGCAGCAUGAGAUGGCUAUUUGUUCUUUGACCUGUUUAAAACUAGAGAUGCUCUUCUGGUAGGUCUUAAUGCAACUUCUGUUUAGCUAUGUAAUGUUAUGCUUUACCUAAAGACUACAAGUAUGUUAGAUGUUGUUACAUCUAUUCAUAUUAUUUGAAGACUUUUGCAUAAAAGUUACUUUUGUUUCUUUCUGUUGAAACCAUUAAAAGAUUUG